AUGCGUCGUGCUCUCCUGACAGCAGUCAGCCUAACCCUGUUCUCCCUUGCUGCGCUCGCAGAGAUCGUCCCAUACGAAGAAACCCUGACGCACCGCGAGAACUCCAUCGCCUCUGUCCGAUUAGACAUCAACUUUUUAGGCCUGGGGCCGCUGCAGGCCUCGUACCCGACUUUCGGCGAAUGCGUUUUCGUCUCUACGCCCCCGGCGGAAAAGUAUGUUCGAAUCGACUCAGUCGGUCCUGUCGACCCGGAGUGUGUGAUGUAUAGCGGCGCGGAAUGCGAUGGCGAAAGCUCGGGGCCCCUCGGGCAGACUGUCAUACUACCGAGGAAGUUGUCUUUUUUUCCGCAGAGUUUUGAGUGUGGCAGGAGGUGA